AUGACACCAAACGGAACAACUACUAUCAUUAGCACAUCUGAAGAUGAAAAUAUUAAAGCUCUCUUCAGUUCACAGAUCACAGGGAAUCUUUUGGUGGGUGUACAUAAAUGCCAAGCUAAUGCCGGUAAAUUGACAAGGUAUGAAGAAACAGGAGCCAAGAUCAAAGACAUCGAGGUAGAUAAUGACGGGAAGACACUGUAUAGUAAUCCAACUUACAUUGCAGAGAACAGGAACGGAGACAUUGUCACUGCCGAUUCUACCAAACACAGAGUAGUGUUGGUUGAUAGAUCAGGAGAGUAUCGAGGUUAUUACAACGGUCAGACACCAAACAAAAGAGAAUUUGAUCCACAUGGUGUCUGCACUGACGUCAAAGGUCAAAUAAUGGUGGUUGAUUACACGUCUGGCUCUAUCCAUCUUCUUGAUCAGGACCUUCGUUUUCAGAAAUUAUUGCUGACAAAAGAACAGCACAAUUUAAUAGGUGCUAGUGCUUUAUUUAUAGAUGAAAACCACCAUCUUUACGUUGGAUCUGAAAAUGGCAGAAUCAAUGUAUACAGAUACCUAAAUGACGAAUAG